AUGGUAAAGGGAUAUCCUGUAAUUGUUAUGUCACAAUUUGCUGGCCAGUCAUGGGCAAAUGAGGUAACUUUGAGCACAGGCAGAUUGUUGGUCUACAGGAUGAGUACCAGUAUUUCUGAAACAGCUGCAUUAGUUGGUUGUUCUCAUACUACAGUGUCCAGGGUGUACCAUGAGUGGAAGGAUCAUGUGCAAACAUCCAGAAUAUCAUACAGUGACCUGCCACAUGUGGUUGAUCCCAGGUGUGAGGAUGAAAAUGGAGUUUCUCGGCAAAGUGAUAAGCCGAUCUGUAAUGUGGCAGCCCGAAAUGUAUGUAACCAGGCUAGAGAUAGUAGUUCUUCCUUAACUACUUCUUCGUAUGCAACUGAGAGUGGCACCCAGUCAUCCAAAAGAUUAAGCAGCCAACGUUCUUCUUUUGAUAUGCAAAAUAUUUGUGAAAAUGAAACAUCUAGCAGCGUUCCUAUCGAAAAAAACAUAUCGCAAGAUACAUUAACAAAUGCAACAUGCAUUGAUUCUACAAUAAGAUCAUCAAGUAAAAUUCUUUCACCAUGCGAUAAAAUGAAAUCUGCAUCAUCUUCAUAUAUGAAAGUUCCGUCUGAUUCUGCUGAUAAACCGCCAAUUUGCGAAGAUGUAAAGAGAUCCGAAUCUAAUAAAAGUUAUGAUAUUUCUCGGUCCUCGAUGGGUUCUGAACUUUUAGAAAAAUGUCUGGCUGGUUCUUCAUUAUCAAGUAAAAUAAUAUCAGAAGAGACAGCGGAUAGUAAAAUAUUCAGUUAUGUAGAAGUAUCAGAUUCUUCGGUGAUAUCCGAUUCAAGAACUUUUCAAAUUCCAUCAUGUGUAGUUGAUAAAACCCAAAAUGUGACAACAAAAAUGAAAACACCACCAAAGCUAGAAUCACCAUGUUAUACUCCGCCAAAAGAAAAAUCACUAAUUCAAAAAGCAGAAACUCCAUGCAGGACUCCCCCAAAGAGAGAAUCACCUUGCUACACUCCUCCAAAAACAGAAACGUCAUGCAGAACUCCUCCAAAGAGAGAAUCACCUUGUCGCACACCCCUAAAAACAGAAACUCCAUGUCGGACUCCUCGAAAGAUAGAUUCACCCUGCCGCACACCUCCAAGUAGGACUCCUUCAAAGGUAGAUUCACCUUGCCGCACACCUCCAAAAACAGAAAUACCAUGCCGAACGCCUCCAAAGGUAGAAACACCAUGCGGCACUCCUGAAGCAGUGGAAACACCAUGCCAUAGUAUACAAAAGAGAGACUCGGGUUGCUACAUUCCAUCAAAAAAAGAAACACCAUGUUCUACACAACAAAAACAAAUAUCUCAGCGUUCCCCUUCAGUUUCACCUUUCAGUUCAAGAUCUGAUUCAAAAGAAAUAUCGCCAUGUGAUGUUUCUGAAGAAGAAAGCAAACACUAUAUCGUUGAUGAAUCNAUCCCUUCUUAG